AUGAGAACAACAAGAGCUCUAGCACAAGCUUUACGUGCCCACACAACUGCGUUCCGCCGUCCACAAAACUACUGCAUCCACGUUCCCCACCUACAAGUACGCGCGAUGUCAGACUCCACCAACUCAGCAAAUCCCCCUACUCCACAGGAUCCUCAGGAUCAGACGUCGCAAGAAUCCAACAAAACCCCACUACCUCUUCCGGCACCUACGGCUGACGAGGGUACCACGCAGAUCAACGUCGGUGGGCAAGCGGUCAAGCUGGAUCAUCUGGGCCCUCUGGUAGUGAACAAGGAUGGCACAUUGUCGCGCAUCGCAAAUUGGGAGCAGAUGGCGGACAUUGAAAAGCAGAACACUUUGAGGAUUUUGGUGAAACGAAACCAAUUGAGGACAGAGGCUUUGAAGGAGAAAGCGGAUGGAGAGGGAGACGGGGCUUGA